UGGUGGAGCCUCGGUAUUUACAACAAUAUUGUCUGUAGCCUAUCUGGCGCUGCUGUCCACCACAGACAGACAGGGAGGCGACCCGUCGUGGGGCCGCUUUCUCCUUUCCCCCCUCGCGUGCGGCGGCUGUCGGUUCCAGUUCGGACUUCUUUUGUGCUUUUUGGAGAUAUUUCCUAUCAUGUUGGCGCCUGAUAUCUGUCUACCUUGUACACUGCAGUGGUGCGCAGCUUCGCCCGGAGAAACACCUGUGCGCCUCCUCUCCACUGGCCACAAUCAUGAAUGUUGAGUAGGGAACAGAUGACCCUAAGGCACGGUGUCUGUCUGCAUUUGUCUGAAUGAAAGCGAGAGGGAGCAGCACAAAUACCGCACAGCUAGGAAACAUGCAAGGAGAGACCUUCCCCCGUUGCAGACUGGUGAAAUGUCAGGACUGAAGAGCGAGUGUGUCAGAUCAACUCAGCAGACUGUUUACUAUAAGCCUGGCGAGCAGCUCGACACUAAACUCACUAACGCCCUGUGCCUGGUAUAAGGCCGUCGCAAUCAAGAACAGACCUGUGAACUAAUCUCUCAUCCGUAAGAUUCAGCAAUCCCGAGCCGAGAUGGAGUGGUCGCUGGAGAAUGUGAGGGAGAUCGUGGCUGGAGGGAUGCAGUCUAUAAGGGAGUGUGAGAUCUGUGCGUUGGCAAUCGCCAUGUGUGUGCUCCUGCUGUUCAUGUGGUAUUGUUACAGGGUGGGCCGCGAGCAUGGCUCCAGCCCUCUGCGUGGGCGCUAUCUGGCUGGGCCCAGCCGAAUUGGAGGGGUGGUGGGGGGCUUCAUGAGUUCAGACUGCCGUGGCAGGGGCAAAGGGAAGAAUGGAUCAAUGCUCGAAGAGCAGAACGGCUUCGCCUUCUGCCAGUCGUCGGAGUGCUUCCGAUGCACCAGCGCCGGCGAGAGUCUGAACCAGAGGCUCUACCACAGCCUGCAGGAUUAUGCCAAGCGCUACACCUGGUCAGGUAUGGGCAGGGUGCACAAAGGAGUCCGCGAUCAAGGCCGAUACCUCAACAGCCGACCGACCAUCCAGCGACCAGAGGUGUUCUUCCUCCCAGACCUACCGUCGGCUCCCUUCUUCUCCAGAGAAGUACAGAGACACGACGUGGAGCUGCUGGAGCAGAGCUUCCCCGCCCUUCUUGCUGAGUUUGAGAGCAUCUACCACCAACCUCCGGCCCACAGCGGCUCCUCCCUGCCACCGGGAUGGAAAUCCAACAACACACCUCGGGGGCAGUGGUGGACCUACUAUCUAGUCAACCAAGGCACCCCUCUGGUUCUUAAUGUCAGGAGGUGUCCGCGGGCCUGGAGGGUGCUGAGCCAGCUGCGCACCUUCAUCGCCAACAACGUGUUCGGAAACGCCUGCUUCUCCGUGCUGACGCCUGGAGCUCUGAUCACCGAGCAUUACGGUCCAACAAACGUCCGGCUGCGCUGCCACUUGGGUCUUCGAGUGCCCCCUUCCUGUGAGCUUGUAGUUGGUGGAGAGCCACAGUGCUGGUCUGAGGGCAGCUGUCUGCUUUUUGAUGACUCCUUCCUCCACAGGGCUUUCCACGAGGGCGGCGCAGAGGACGGCCCCAGGGUGGUCUUCAUGGUGGACCUCUGGCACCCCAACGUGGCCGCUGCUGAGAGACAAGCCCUGGACUACAUUUUUACUCCAGGCCGCUUAGAGGACAAGGAAGGGAAAUAGGUGUGAGAGAAAAACCAUGUCUGACCAAGAGACAUCUGCUGUUUAGGGAAGUGUCUGUAGGAUUGGGGAGCAACUCUUUUUCUGCCUCCAGACCAGCUCCAUCACUGUGUACAUAUUCUCCGUCUCAUACUGUUUCUUUCUUAACUCUUCUUAGCAGAUGACCACGCAUUGGGCCUCUUUUAUCAAAACUUACUCGGAGCACAAUUGUUCAAAUCUUAAAAUACAGCCAUUUUAUGAAUGUGUGAAUGAUGGCAGGGUGACUUUAGCUUGUCGGUUAUUUUAUUUUAAAUACAUGAAUCUUCAAUGUCUUUGCAUAUACAGAAUAAUGUGACUGAAAAGUAAAAAAUAUAAUUGCCCAACAAGCAGAUCUCAUCAGUUUUAUUUUAUUCACAUUUUCCAACUUUGGGCCAAUUCGCAAAAUUAUUUCAAUAUAAGAUGAUUUUUACAUUUCAGUUUUUAUUUUGGUUGCUGCUUGAAACAGUUCAACAGCAGUAGGGCUAAGUACUUAACAGAUAUGAUGAAUGGAUCUUUGCGAGCCAAAAAUAAUGUGCAUAAUUAGUGUAAAGAAAGUAUUGGUGGUAUUAACAUUUAAUGCCGAUUAUUUUAAGCUCACUGUAACACCUGCAUACAUUUCCCCCAAGGGCUAAAAGAAAAGAUCAUUCAACUUUUUAUAUUGUAAACAUAUCCAGUCAUAUUUUAAGACGCACAUUUGAAGUCUAACAAAAACAUGAUUGUCAGUGGAUAUGCACAUUUUUCAUUUAAAAAAUAUCCACUUCCGAAUGUGCGACACUCUCACGCCUCACAAGUGCACAAUCUGACUAUAGUGCUUAUUUACAUCAAAUCACAGCCAAGGGGACGCUGAAGGAUAUGUGCAUCUGUUGGAUAAUUGUCCACCUUCUGUUCAAAAGGUAUUGAAACUCAUUGAAGAUGGCCAUGUGUAGUUGCACAGUGGCUUUACAAAUACAGAUUAAUGUUAAAUAUAUCAAAUUAAAAGAUAUGUAAACUAAUUCCAUUUCAUAAAGUGCUGAAAUUGAAGAUUGUGUUAAUUCAUUAACUGAAGACAUUUCUCGUGUUCCCUCUCAUAUCUGUAUGCGUUUUGAUAGAAAUGUGAUAACGGAGGUCCAAUGUUCAUCCUGAUGUGACUUUUUACCGAAGCAGCAAAUGUCUCUGCCUGUGUGGUAGUUAAUUGUGCUCCCUUUGGAAAAAUCAAUCCUGCUUUCAAAGACGUUGUUAGAUAAGCACAUGUUCGGUCAAUUUGUGUGAGUGGGCCUGUGCUGUGACAAUGGAGGUGAAGCGUUUUUGGUAAAUUUACUAAACCCUUGUAAUUUGGUUGUAUUUGAUAUACGGUUUGUAUUUCUGUAAAUAGGGUUGAGGUAGAAAACCAAAAAAAUGGUAAGGUCUAAGAUCCUUAACGAUGACUGUCUUCAAUGCUAUAACUAUUGUGUUGUCAUGAUUUACAGCUAAAGCGAUCACAUUUCAUUCUCUGUUACAUGAGUUCAAUUUUGAUAGAUUCAAUUAGUAGAUUCUGUAAAUUGCUUGAAAAUGAAGUACUAUCUCUGUUGUUAUGUGAUGUAUUUAUUUUUAAUCAAUCUGUAAUUUUGCAGUACCAUAUUAUUUUUAUCAAAGGCACAAUCCUCAAGUCUUCAACAGCACUUCAUGGAUAUAUGUGAACACAAGGUUGUGUGAAUUUAACUUCAGCAGCCAUACAGGCCCAUUGCAAUUAAAGAAACCCAUCUAUUCAAUUAUAAUGUUUACCAAAUGAAUUUGGAGCUGUUUACAACAUCGGCCAACACCGACACUCACAUUGAGCUGUCCAGAAUUAGAUUUAAUCCAUUUAAGAGUGUGAAAACAGUCAUUCCCAAAGCAUUGCUACACAUAUACAGUGUGUGUCGGUGCAACCAUUUUGUUUACAUUAGGAUUAAGGAUUUGUCCUUCAACGCAUUCUUGUGUGGAUUUUGAACAGUAUUUCUGUACAUUUAAUAAAUGGUUGGAUAUCUUAUUUAA